GAAAAGAAAAGAGAAUACAGCCGUGGUAGUAUUUUGUUAGAUUUUCCUACUAUUUCAUGAUUACUUCAUUUAACCAUGCCCCCUGCCCCAGGGCCCUAGUCAAACGGUACAAUGUGCAGCUCUUGCAUUGAUUGCUACCUGCCCUUCUCAAAGCCCACAUGUUGUAUUUUAUGCAAAUCUACAGAUUAUCUAUCAUUAUCUAAAUGCAGGCAUCUGAAAAACAGCAGUAAUCCUGUCUCUGAAGUUUUUCAGGAAAGGAGCUUAAAACAGAACCAAAUUCAGCCGGUGUUGGAACUCUCAGUUCCAGAGGGGUGUGGUUUAUAGCUCACAGGCCUGCUGUUGGACUUCAGCUCUGACCCACAGAAGGACGCCAGAAACUACUCAAGACAUUCACCGUGCACCGGUCAGCACUAGCCAUGACGAAGACUUCUACAUGCAUAUACCACUUCCUUGUUCUGAGCUGGUAUACUUUCCUCAAUUAUUACAUCUCACAGGAAGGAAAAGACAAAGGGAAACCCAAAAUCUUUGCAAACGGUGCAAGGUGGAAAUACCUGACGCUGCUUAAUCUGCUCUUGCAGACCGUUUUCUACGGGGUCACCUGCCUGGAUGAUGUGCUGAAAAGAAUCAAAGGGAGAAAAGACAUUAAGUUCCUAACUGCCUUCAGAGACCUGCUUUUCACCACACUGGCUUUCCCUGUAUCCACAUUUGUAUUUUUGGCAUUCUGGAUCCUCUUUCUCUACAAUCGAGAUCUCAUUUACCCCAAGGUCCUAGAUACUGUCAUCCCAGCAUGGCUGAAUCAUGCAAUGCACACUUUCAUAUUCCCCAUCACAUUGGUUGAAGUCAUCCUCAGGCCUCACUCCUAUCCAUCAAAGAAGACAGGACUCACCUUGCUGGCUGCCGCCAACAUUACUUACACCAUCCGGAUCCUGUGGCUCUACUUUGAGACAGGUACCUGGGUGUAUCCUAUGUUUGCCAAACUCAGCCUCGUGGGUCUAGCAGCUUUCUUCUCUCUCGGCCACAUCUUCAUCGCCAGCAUCUACCUACUUGGAGAGAAGCUCAACCACUGGAAAUGGGGUGACAUGAGGCAGCCACGGAAGAAGAGGAAGUGAUUGCACACCGUUUUCCAAGAACCAAGAAGGAAGAAAACACAAGAGAUUUUUCUCAUCUUUUUUUUUUUUUUUUUUCUGAUGGAGGGAGGUAGUGGAGCCACAGAGGAAAUCAGGAGGGACAGAGAGUGAUACUUACAUUUAAUAAGAGGUUCAUGAAGGGAGCUUAACUUGAGAACUCUUGGUUUUUUGAAAGGUUGACUGCACAUGCCAAAAACAACUCCUGCCAUCUCAGAAUUGAUGACCUUUGACCUUCACGGAGGAUGGUCUCUGGUUAAAACCUGGCCAAAGAAACUCACAUAAACUUGGUGUUAGAGAACAUCGAGAGAGAGAGAGAGAGAGAGGAACUUAGAGUCAUUUAAACUCUUCAGUUUACAGAGGAGGAUGCUGAGGACCUAGAUGAGAAGUUAUCUGUACAAGGCAAAAGGGUUACUUACUGUCAGAACCAGGGCCAUGGCUUCUGUCUCCCGGAUCUCCUAGCUACCAGUCCUGGGCCUUUUUUUUUUUUUUUUUUUUUAAUAAUACCAAUUUUCCUUUAAAAACCAAGCAUUUCAGUAAGCUAGUUGUUUUCGUGGAUUGCUCAUCCAUUUUUUGUCAAUGAUCUAAAAAUGUAGGGUGAUGGCUACUACUGAAGUUGUCUGUCUACUUGGGAUAAUAGCAAAUUAAUUGGAGACAAUGGGAAAGUAAGUUACAAAAAAUACUGGGAAAUCUGUUUCUCUUCUAAGCAAGCAUUCAGGGCAGGUAUUAGUGACAUUGUCAAAACCUCUUCCAUUUGAUCAUUGAUUAAUUCAUCAAAUAAAUGGUGUAUUAAUACUUUUACUUGCAGAAGAA